AUGGAGGCCAUUCACCAUACAAGGAUACUAAUGGAGAAUUAUCGGGAAAAGAAGAAGGAUUUACAUAUGGUUUUCAUUGAUCUGGAGAAGGAUUAUGAUAAGGUACCCAGGGAAAUUCUUUGGUGGCCAUUAAGUAGGAAAGGAAUUCCGAGGAAGUAUAUUGAUAUCAUCAAGGACAUAUAUGAGGGAUUUAGCACGAGUGUGAGAACUACUGUUGGUAAGACCGAAGAAUUCCCCAUUACGAUUGGAGUGAAUGAAGAUGAUAUUCUAUUGAUUAAUGAAACAAAAGAAGUAGAGGAUUUUAAGUUGGAUUUAUGGAGAAAACUUUGGAAUCUCGGGGUUUUAGGCUUAGUAGAAACAAGAUGGAAUAUGUGGAGUGUAAUUUUAGUGGAGUCCAAGACAGAGAGACAGGGGGAUUACCUUAGAUGGAAAAAUUGUCCAAGGCUCUGA